GCUCCAUCCGGGAACUUCAGAAUUACCAUUGACAGCCGAAGCGCAACUUUUCCCCAGGCAAAGUGAAAUCAAGCCGCGGACUCGGACAAAAUAUAGUCCCCGUUUUUCAACUUAAAAUUAUCGAAAGAAAAGCCAGCCCGCUCCCCCACCGCACCCCUCGACGCUCGGCCGUAAUCUGGAGAGGACCCGUCCGGGGCCUGAGCUCUUUCUGCCGGGUUUGGAGCACUUUUUUAAGACGGGCGGAAAGUGGGUGAUGAGUCCUAGCCUGUAAAAAGAAGCGAGAACUUGCUUUGCAGCCUGAGUAGUUCUUCUUUCAAUUGUUAUUGUCGCUUUAAAAAAUCUUUAAUUCACUUAAACUUCGUCUCGGCCGCGUCGAAAGUGGGAGAAAAGUGCUUUUCUAGUCGGAACAUGGAACUACAAGGCCUGCAAGAGGCGUUGAAAGUAGAAAUCCAAUGUCAUCAGGAUGGAGAGCUUAAGAGACAGCUGCACGACAGGCAAACAAGAAUAACAGCUCUAAGCGAUAAACAAAAUCAGACGUUGUGCAAAGGCCUCAAUGAACUCCAGAACGGACAGAAGCUGGCAGUCAGAAGUUGUCCUGUAGGGUCGACCAAGCCCUUGUCUCUCAUCAAGCCUCCCAGCCAGGGCAUCGCCAUCUCCGUGGUGCCGGCCAAGGCUCCCGUUUCCAUGGUGACCGCACACAUUAACGGACAGAAGGCGGCGAGCUCGGAGCCGUUGCAGACGUCCCCCAUCAACCUCCAGACGGGCGGCAGGGUGGCGGCCGCCGGUGUCCACCCGUUCAGCAGCAGGAGAGCCGGAGAGCUGCCUCCCUCUCAGAUGCUGGGAACUCUCACUGCUGUGCCCAUCAAGGUGCCUCAAGUCAGCUCGCUGCACCGGCUGGCAGGACAAGCAGCCACUGUGCUACCUCAGGUCAGGCCAAAGACCCAGAUCCCCGACAGCCUUCCCCACAGUCCCUGCCAGGAGCUGCAGCCGCUCAGCCUGCAGAGGGCCACCGCUGUGGUCAGCCCCAAGAGCCAGGGCCCCACCCUGCCCACCGCCAACAGCACCUUCAGCCCCGACCACCAGCCCAACGGCCAGAGCGACGCCUCUCCGCCCCCGCCGCCUCCGCCGCCGCUUCCCCACAGCCUGUCCGGAGGCCCCGAGUCCAGCAGCCCCGCCCAGCACGCGUCGGCGGGGACCGGCGUGGCGUACGCCAUCAUCGCCGCCUCCCCGGCCACCGGGAACGGGGUGUCCGCCGUCAGCGAGGCCGUCAAGGUGCAGCCACUGCUCUUCAGCGCUGACAACAAGGUAAUAAUAAUCCAGCCUCAGGCCCCCAGCAGCACCGAGGGGUCCCCGGGGGCCCAGGCUGACCUGCCGUCACAGGAGGCCCCGCCCGCUCUGACGUCCCCCUCCCCGAAGAAAGACGAAGACCCCGAGAAAAUUGCCUUCAUGGUCGCCCUCGGCCUCGUCACCACAGAACAUCUGGAAGAAAUCCAGACGAAGAGACAGGAGAGGAAGAGGAGAAGCACCGCCAACCCGGCCUACAGCGGCCUGUUUGAACCAGAGCGUAAACGUCUGGCGUCACAUUAUCUCAACAGUUCGCUCUUCCUGUCGGCACGAGACUCUGAGGAUUUCUGCUGGAAGGAGGACUUGGAGCAUGACGACCACUGUGCCAUCUGUAAGGAGGACGGCGAGCUGCAGCCCUGCCACAACUGCCCCCGAGCCUUCCACCCCAACUGCCUCCACCCGCCGCUCAAAACCCCGCCCAGAGGCCCCUGGUACUGCCCCAAGUGUCAGAAGAAGGUUCUGAACAAGGAGAACAUGUCAUGGCCACAGAACUUUGUUCAGUCCUACGUUACACACAAGACGGUGAGGCAGGAGGAGAAGCGACGGCUGCUGAGACGAAACAACGAGCUGAAGAAAGAGUGCGCUCAUCUGGAAGAAGAAGACCAGAAGCUCAAGAUGACGCUCAAACAGUGUACGGACCUGAGAGAGAGACUGCUGGGGCAGCAGAGAGACACUCAGGCGUCGCUGGAACGCCUCAAAGCUCUCAUCAGGCUGAUCCAGCGCGACCAGGUCAUCCAGGUCACCAUGACGACCACCGCCACCAUCACCGCCUCCUUGCUCUCCCAGUCCUGGAUCAAACCCACCAGCACCGCGGCCCCGGGCCCCUCGGCCACGCCCCUGCAGAAGAGCCACGCCCACAGCCAGGAUGACAUCAACAACUAGCUCCGACGUUUUUAACCCCCAAACAAACAAACAUCGAGGGCAGUGAAGAUGUUUUUGUUUUUGUUUUUUUUGUCUGAAUAAUAUCUAACCAUCUUUUCUCCGAGAGCUGUUGUGGAACGAAAAAAAAAAAGCGACAAAAAACUGAAAAAAGAGCCUCUAUCCUCCACUCGAUUCAAGUAUUUUUUAAAACCCAACACCUACAGUGCUUACGAGAUUUCUUUUUUUAAGUUAUUUUCUAUUUAUUAAUGUUCUUGGCCUUAAUGUAUUUAUUACAAAAAGUUAGAUUACAGUGCUGCCGCAGGAACACAAAGGAGUUUUUUUUCUGCGCGGUCCAAAAGAUAUUUCCCUUUUUUAAAAACACAGGUAUAAUUAUUGUUCUGCAUAUAGUGAGAGAGAACAUUAGAGUUUAGUCGUAGUUACAAAGAAAACGAUGGAAGUUGAAGGACUGUACAUUGAUAUAUCUGAGUAGGUGUUUGUUCUCAUUCUCCUAUGAACAAUGUUUUUUGCCAUAAUAAUUCAGGAAAAAUGUUUUCAUCGUGUAUGUGAACGCAUACGAGCCUUCAAACAAAAAACAGAGAAUAACUUUUUUUCAGUAUUAAUAGAGUUAAAGUCAAAGAAAAAAGUAUUUAAGAUAAAACUACAGAAAUUAGCAUUUCUAGUGGAGAUUUUAGUAUUUUCAUGCUGAUGCCUGUUGAUAAGUGUAAGUUUGGAGUAUUCAAGGGGAUCACUGUACAUACGUUGUAUUAUUAUCAUCAUCAUCAUCAUCAUCAUCAUCAGCGCAGGUUUUUUUUUUUGUUUUUUAUUGGUUUUCAAACUUUUAGUGGAGUCACACAUCAGCUGGUUUCUGUUCGACAGCAACAAAAACAACAACAUGACGGGAUUUUUUCAUAAAGAUGCAGAAACAAUAAUAUUUUGAGAUCACAUGUCCUUGUUGAAUUUAAAGUGAUGAUUUUCAUACAUAUUUUAUUUAUACAUUUACAUAAAUAAUGAAACGACAAAAGGAAGUUAAACGACGACUGAGCAGAUUUAAGUCCAAAUUAUUGCUGUUUGAAAUGUUGUUCUGAUCAAUCCCAAAAAAAGGUAAAAAAAAAAUAAAAUAAAGAAUUUGACUUUUUAACGUAGAAAGAAGAAAUUUCACUGAUUUACCUGAUCAGAGGGCUGAACUACGAAGCGAGAUUAGUGAGUUAGCGAGGUAUGUUGAGCCUGCAGGGUUUUCAAUGUCACGAAUGUGGCUCUCUUUUAACCUGCUACAUCACCAUGGUAACUCUUUUAACCUAGCUAC